AUGAAUUCUAGCGUUGCUUGCAUAACGGGGGCAAACCGAGGCAUUGGGUUUGAGAUUGCCAAAAAACUUGCUAUGCAAGGGUUUACAAUAAUUAUGGCUUGUCGAAAUGAAACUUUUGCUAAGGCAGCGGAGCUCGAGUUAAAGGAAGCGGUGGAAGGAGUGCAGAUUGUGCAUGUUUGUAUUGACCUUGCUGCCACUGAGACAGCCAAAAGUGCCGCAUUAAAGGUGGGUGAAAUGUUUCCAGGUGGGAUUGACCUUAUGAUUAACAAUGCCGGUUUUGCGUAUCAUUGGGAUGCCCAGGAGUCGUUCUAUCAGCAAGCUAUGGAUACAAUCCGAAUAAACUAUUAUGGAACUGUUGCUGUAUGUGAGGCAAUUCUUCCUCACAUAAAGAGUGGGGGAAGAAUGAUUACUGUAUCGUCCAUGUCAGGAAGCUUGCUUAAUCUUUCAACUGAGAAACUGAUUUCCAGAUGGAAGGAGUGUGGUUCAAAAAAAGACAUUGAUAGUUUAUUGCAAGAAUUUAUUGAUCUUACCAAGGGAGAUGGAAAGCAUCUGGUCGCUGGAUGGCCUAAUUCAGCAUACGGCGUAAGCAAACUUGCCGUGACAACAUAUACGCGUAUACUUGGCCGUUCAGCGUCUGGUAUACAUAUUUUUUCGUGUUGUCCUGGUAGUUGUCGAACAAAAAUGUCAACAUUUACAGGUCUGAAAACAGCUGAGGAAGGAGCUGACACACCAGUUUGGCUUGCUGUUUCACAAGAGGCACUGCAAACGGUUCCACAGGGUGGUUUUGCGACAGAACGUCAAUACAAACGUGAGGAAGAUGCGCGGAAUUGA